AUGUCAUCGGCCGAGCCUAUAUCCCUUUAUGUUCAUAUACCGUUCUGCGAGACGAAAUGCCCGUACUGCGACUUCAACACAUACGCGGCGAUUGAGCCGCUCAUGCCAACGUAUGUCGCGGCUCUGAAGUCUGAAAUCGCCCUGUGGGGCAGUCUGCUUGACGGACCUGAAGUGCAUACGGUUUUCUUUGGCGGCGGCACUCCAUCGUACCUGCCCUCCGAGGACAUUCGGCAUACUAUGAAAGCAAUCACUACUGCUUUCAAUCUUGCGCCGUGCGCCGAGGUAACGCUGGAGGCAAACCCCGGCGAUUUCACCGCCGACAAGCUUGCCGCAUAUCUGGACUGUGGCAUCAACCGGCUGAGCAUCGGCAUACAGAGCUUUGACGACGACCUGCUGCAGACUCUCGGACGCCGUCACAACGCAGCCGAUGCCGUGCACGCCUAUCGUCAGGCUGCCGACGCAGGCUUCGAAAAUAUCAGCAUCGACCUGAUGUAUGGACUGCCGUAUCAGAACAUACAGCAGUGGCAAAGCACGCUCGCACAGGCGCUUGAACUGGCGCCGCCGCACAUAUCAAUGUACUGCCUGACGUUGGAGGGCGGCACGCCGAUGGAACGCUGGGUAGAUCAGGGCAGCAUGCCAACGCCCGAUGCGGACCUCGCCGCCGAUAUGUACCUGAUGGCGCAGGACGAGAUGCGGCACGGCAGAUACCGCCACUACGAAAUCUCCAAUUGGGCGCAGCCCGGCAGGCGCAGCCAACACAAUCUCACAUACUGGCGCAACGACCCGUAUCUCGGUGUGGGACCCGGCGCUCACUCAUACUUGGGCGACUGCCGCUUCAGCGCGAUCAAGUCGCCACGUGAAUACAUACGCCGCAUGCAAAGCGUCUCCCCUGACUCAUGCGGCGAGCCAAUGCGAGCCAUGAUUAGCAGCGUUCCCGUAGUGGAUGAAAUCGAGCAAAUCGACACUCCUCUGGAGAUGGCGGAGACUAUGAUGAUGGGGCUUCGCCUUGACGAAGGCAUCGGUAUCGCCGGCUUCAAGGAACGCUUCGGCGAACCUCCUUCCCACUUCUACGCCGAUACACUCGAUGAACUCGAGCGGCUUGAACUGCUUCAUACACAAGAAGACGCGCUACGCCUGACACACCGAGGGCGCAUGCUCGGCAACGAGGUCUUCAGCCGCUUCUUCAACUGA